AUGGUUAGUGCUAAAACAUUUUCAGUGUUCGCUGUUUUAUUCUCGUCGUAUGCUUCAGCUGCUGCUUUGCAAGCUAAGAUUUCUGACGAAAUUAUCUUACAAUUGAAUGAUAAUAAUUUCGAUGAUGCUAUCAAUAAUAAUAGGUUGCUUCUAGCAGAGUUUUAUGCUCCUUGGUCAAUCCAUGCAAAGACUAUGUCGACAAGAUUACUAGCUGCUGCUAAGGAGUUGAAGAAAAUUGAUAUCGUAGUCGGUCAAAUUGAUUGUACUGAAAGUAUUGAAUUAUGUGCCAAAUACAAUAUCGAUGCUUAUCCAUUAAUGAAAAUUUUUAACAAUAAAAAUUUGACUCAUCCAAUUGAGUAUUCAGGUAAUUCAAAUGCUCCAAUUAUUAUCUCUACUGUGCUUAGAAAUGAUCCUCGUGCCGUUAAAGACGUUACAAUGGAACAAGUCUUGCAAGAUAUCGUAUUACAUGGUGAAAAACCUGUCGUUGUCAUGAAUCGUGAUGCUGCUUUCUUUAAAGAUUAUGAAAAUGUAGCUAAUCAAUUAAAAGAUGAUAUGAUUUUCCUAAGAUUCCCAAGAGAAGAUAAAAGUAACUUCUCUAUUUAUGUUAAAAAGGGUUACGCUGAAAACGGUCAACCACAAGUUUCUGAAAUUAGUAACGAUGAAAGUAUUGAUUAUUUCAUUAAUGAUAGUACCGCUUUCCACAAAUGGUUAUUGCAAGAAACUAUUCCAGAUUAUAAUAAGUUGACUUCCGAAAACUAUGAUAAAUAUAAUCUAUUGCAACGUCCUGUAGCUGAAUUCUUUUUCACUACAGAAGAAGAAUUGGCUGAGUACGAACCAACAUUAAAGGAAUUGGCCGAAAAGGAAGGUGGUAAACUGCCAUUUGUAGUUGUCAAUGCCACAGAAUUUAAGAAACCUUUUGAUGUUUUGAAUAUUAAUGCUAAAUUCCCAUUCUUUGUCAUUCAUGAUUCUUUGAAGGAAAGAAAAUAUCCUUUAAUGACUGAGAAAUUGACUAAAGAAGAUAUCUCUGCCUUUGUUGAAAAAUAUAAGAAUGGUGCGAUUAAGCCAAUCAUAAAAUCUGAGGAUGUUCCAAAAGACCAAAAUUCGAACAUUUAUAAAUUGGUCGGUUCUUCUCAUGAUCAAUUUGCCUUGGAUGAAAAGAAAGAUGUCUUAGUUAGAUAUUAUCAUCCAUCUUCUAACUCUGUUGAUCUAUCUCUUGUGUUCAAACAAGCUGCUGAUCUUUUCUCAAAAGAAUCAAAUUUGAAGGAUAAAUUGUUGGUUGCCGAUAUGGAUAUGACAACCAACGACGUUAUUUCUGUUGAUAUUACAGAAAUUCCAACCGUCGUUUUAUUCCCAGCUGGUAAGGAUUCAAAGCCUGUACACUUCAGAAGCAAUAAAGAUUUGAAAACUUUGAUGAAUUUCAUUCAAGAAAAUUCCAAGAAUGGUAUUCCAAGUAAAAACAUAUUCGAUGCUUAUGAGCAACGUAUUUCUGCUGAAAGAUCAGCCAGUUUAGAAGCUGAAAGAAAGGCAGAAGAGGAGAGAAAAGCUGAAGCUGAAAGAAAAGCUGAAGCUGAAAGAAAGGCAGAAGCUGAAAAAAAGGCAAAUGAACAAAAAGAAGCUCAAAACCAACAGGCUGCUGCUCGUGAUGAAUUGUAA